GAGCUUGAGUGAGCUCUUGGGCCAGCCCAGGUGGUGUGGCUGGUCCUCCCUGGAGGUGUAUAGAUGGGAGCAUUGGUACAGGCUCUGCUAAUGUGUGGCAGAGCAUCUGCCAGAUUAGACUCAGAGAGCAGCAUAGAGUUGUGUAAGGUGGAUGGUCUGUUCAGCCCGGUGGCAGAGCUGAGAGAGGAAGGAGAAAGGCUAGGAAGUAUUGGGGAUUCUGAGGAGGAGGUCAACUAGUGAAGCUGUACUCUACCUUCCCUAAGACAAACACACCUGCUUUCCAAGGUUGUCGGAUCUUGGAACAGGCUGCCCAGAGAUGUGGUAGAGUCACCAUCUCUUGUACUGUUCAAAAGAAAGUGUGAAUAUGGUCAUGGUUUAAUGGUGAACAUGAUGGCUGUGCCAGGUUGACGGCUGCACUUGAUCUUAAAGGUCUCUUUUAACCCUGAAGUCUAUGGUUUUAAAGAGUACAGGUCUAUUCACUCGGUAUGUAUUUACGGUAGUAUACUUGUGAGUUGUGUUAGUGGCUUACACCUGCUGGCUCUACCUCUAGGAGAACAGUAGGUCAGACAAAAGGAUUACUGCGCUUUGCCUGCUGCUCUCGGCUUUACUUUAUUUGCCUUCGCUGCCCGUACCACCCACACAUUCCCGCGCUGCCCUCAGAGCGGGCCCCGCCCCACUGCUCUGCGCAGGCGCGGGGCGCGCGGGCCGCCGGGAGCCGCGGGGUUUGAGUGAGGGCGAUGGCGGACAUGUCCUGGAAUUUGGAGCAGGAGCUGGAGCAGGGCAGGGCUCCGGCGUGGCCCCAGGGCGGCCACGACGUGGGUGUCCUGAAGCUGCUCCGCCUGCGGGACCAGAUGAAGCAGCUGCUCAUGGAAUACAGCGCGGCCGUUCGUGGCGGUGAAACAACUUUCCUCGAUCAGGUUGUUGAGGAAAAGCAUAUUCAAGGUGUCACAGAAGAUUUGCAAACAGAUAAAGAGGAAAUAGAAGUCUCUUUCUGGAACAAGACAUUGGCCUUGCAAAGGAUCCAGCUUAUGGCUGCCCUAAGAAACAAAAUGAAACAAGAUGAUAAAGACUCAUGUCUGAUCCUGGAAACAGUGAAUCGCAUAGUGUUGCUCAGCCAGGCAAUAAUCAAAUAUCAGCAGCUAGCACAUGAGAAGAAACAGAAGUUGAUUGACAUUAAAAGGAAAAGACUCUCACUAAAAAAAGACCAAAGAAGAAAACUACAGCAAAUUCAGACUAUGAAGAAAAAACAAAAGAAGGAAAAAGGAAAUAAGAACCUGGAUGAAGCAAAGAUGCUUCAGAACUUAGAAAAAGAAAGAUUGAUGACUACAGUAAUUCAAAAUGUGUUUCAGAAUAUCAUAAUUGGAAGCGGAGUUAACUGGGCAGAAGAUCCGUCUUUAAAGGCGAUUGUUCUACAGCUUGAAAAAAAUGUCCAUCUUCCAUGAAUCAGAAGAAAUGGUGUUUAAUUUUAUUUGCAUUUUAAUAAUUAAUAUAUUUUCAUUUUUAACACACAUCAAUAAUUUUUCAAUUUAACCUUUCAGAAAGUUGUUUUUCUCUCUAGAGACUCAGAAUGUGUCCAUGCAACUCUGUGAAGUGAAAUUAAAUUUCUGACACACAACAAAUGUUUGAAUGGGUAAUGCAACCGAUGAAAUGAAACUACCUGAAGACCCACUUCAUAGUUGUCCUGUCCGAAAACCUCAUCUCUCUCUGAAAGACAGCAAUAAUGCAAGAAAGAUGAAUAAUCUGUGUAUUUCAAGCUUUUACAUAAAAGUGGACUUAAACCAAGGCUCUGCUGUCCUCUUUUCCUGGGGAUGAGCAGGCUGCAGAGCUCGGACAUGGUACUUGACUCUGCUCUGUCCCAGUGGAAAGCCCAAGAUGGAAAUACUUUUUAGCAAGUUUUUACAAUUGAGAUUUUUUUGCUAUUAAAGCACUUCGUAUAAUUUGAAACAGCAGAAUUUUUAUACUCUUAGUUCUUCUAACAGCCACUUGUGUCUGAAAUGGUGACUUCAUGCUACCGACCGUGCAGCUAAGCUGAAGCUUAGGGUGUGUAGCAUGUUUCGAGACAUGUACUGUCUCUUUCUAUCUUAGGCUAUAUUGUCAUUUUUAACUUGGUUUUUAACUAGCAAUUUUUUUAGGUGGGCUUUGAUCGGAUAAUAAGAAUAAACCGCUGAUUUUACUCAAAA